UCUUCCCAUCAUGAAUCCGGAACUUUACCCCCAAGAAAGUACCUCACAAGACCACAAACAGAAAACCAAAGCCGUCUGCCAACGAACCCUGGUUUAUCGGUCACUCCCCCCGUUCACCUUCAUCAUCAAACAAUUUUGGUACACUAUACACCUAAAAUUCCUGCAUUAAUGGCGGCAACAAUUCACUUAUCCACACAACAGCCAAAUUCUGCCCAUCCUCAGCAUGUCCAACUACAGUCUGCUAGAGGUCGUCCUGUUUCAACUCCUGUUCCAAUGAAUUAUCCUCGAUAUCCUGAAGUCUCCCACCCUUCACAAGUAUCUCAAAACUCCGCAUCCACACGAAGAGGCAAUAUGUUUGGUCCAUACCUACUGUUACAAACUUUGGGCGAAGGUGAAUUCGGCAAAGUUAAACUUGGUAUGCACGUGGACACCGGUGAAGAGGUCGCAAUCAAACUCAUACGUAAAGAAUCUGUAGAUACUCCAUCUCGACUAACAAAAAUUGAAAGAGAAAUAGGAGUAUUACGGAGUGUGAUGCAUCCGAAUAUUGUAAAAUUAUAUGACGUGUUCGAGGCAGAUCGGUAUAUUGGCAUUAUCAUGGAAUACGCCUCAGGUGGUGAACUUUUUGAUCAUAUAUUAGCACAUCGAUACCUCAAAGAACGAGAUGCUUGUCGAUUGUUUGCUCAACUCAUUAGUGGAGUGAAUUAUUUACAUCAAAAAAAUAUCGUGCAUCGUGAUCUUAAAUUAGAAAAUCUUUUAUUAGAUCGUAAUAGAAAUAUUAUAAUUACUGAUUUUGGAUUCGCAAACCAAUUCAAUGGUGCUCAUGAUGAUUUGAUGGCUACAUCUUGUGGUAGUCCUU